AGUGCACCGGAAAUUUCGCUCGGCUUCCAACAUCAAACAUAACAAAUAGUUCCGACGUGUAUGAGGGGAAAGGCGCUUUCACCGUAAGAUGAAAAGAAAACGGUCUAAACUUCGCCAAAUCUAAAAAAGAAAAAGACUUUAGAUUUGUUACUUUUAAACAAAACGCGUCACAAGUGUAAUGUAUGACCGUUUUUUACACCUUAGACUCGACGCGAUUUGAAAUACCGAGGUAUGUAUUAGUUUCAGUUUUGUUAGCGAAUAAUUCAGGAAAUAAACACAAAUUGCUUUAAGAAGUGCUGAGACAGGACCUAGAGUUCCGCAGAUGUGAUGAUAAAGCCAUGAUGGAGAAUAUAAGUGACGACAGCGCGCUUGAUCACUCCACCACCCUCACUAACAAACAGCGCGGGAACGAGCUCACAGUCCGACCCGCCACUCUGGACAAUUUGUCCAUUCAUCAACUGGCCGCACAUGGUGAACUCUCAAAAGUAAAGACACAUCUUGCCAGUGACCAUGCCCUACUGAACAGUCAGGAUGAACGGGGAUUCACGCCACUUAUGUGGGCAGCAGCAUUUGGAGAGAUUGAAAUGGUCCAAUUUCUACUAGAGAAGGGCGCUGAUCCGAAAACCUUUGCACGGGAGCGAGAAUGCGCUUUAUCCUUAGCCAGUGCUGGGGGAUACGCAGACAUCGUCGAUAUGCUUCUAAAACAUGAUGUUGAUGUCGAUUCCUACGAUUGGAAUGGAGGAACUCCUCUUCUUUAUGCAGUUCGUGGCAAUCAUAUAAAAUGUGUGCAAGCUCUGUUAAGACAUGGAGCUGAUAUUACAUUCGAAGCAGACUCCGGAUACAGCCCAGUGGCGCUUGCCAUUGCUCUUGGCUACAAAAAAAUGCAAAAGCUGCUUGAGGAUCACAUACUGCACCUGCUUCGAUGAUCACAUGUCUAAAUUUAAGUCAUAAUUGUCUUUUUGAAUGCUGCUUUUUCCUUUGUAAUAAAAAUAUCACUAUAAACCUGUUGGUCAAAGCCAUUUAUUUAAAAAAAAAAAAAAAUUAUUAGUGAGUAUUUAAAUACAUUUGAUUCCCAAUAUAUAAAACUAAUACAAUAAAAAGUCCAUCUGUGCUCAAAGAAAGAGUGCAAGAGAUUCAGGUGAGCUGUCCAUCAAAGCGAGCUGCUGCCUGUUUGCUGUUUUUUUCAGUUUCCUUUUUGCUGUUUGUUCUGGUUCUCUCAUUUGUUCUCUUUUCCAAACAUCAGGAAGCUUGUUCUCCCAGGAUGUCCAAAGAGUAAACUAUUAUUCUUCCAAAAAAGUCUGUACUGUUUUCAAAUACUAUUUUAAGCUUCUGCACCAGUGGGG